CCUCGCAGCCUGGCCUCGUCAGAAAGGAGCAUCUGUCAAGCAACCAUCAGCUCCACCACUUCUCUCUUUUUAUCCUUCUUUCGAAAUGCAUGAGGACAUGCUGGAGGGUAGGGCCUUCACACCUCAUGUUUACCCUGCCUGCCCUGUGCUGGGGCUAUUUGCAGAGGGCAGUAGCAGCUUUCAGUAGCUGAGGCAGCGGUGGUGGUGGUGGUGGCAGGCAGCGCAGUCAUUUUAUUUCUGGAUGAUGAACUUGACUCCCUCAUCAGGAAGCUUGGGCCGAGUCACCAUCGCAACAGCGGGUUCACCGGCGGGUCACGCACUCUGCAGCCAAAACACCAAAAUACCAGAGGAGGCUAAACGGUCUGGGCCGCGCCUGUGACACAGGCGUCCUCCGCCACCACCGCCGGGCUGUUAUUUAAAACCGGACGGUUGCUGUGGACCAGAAUUACCCCAGCGUUGGCACCGUGUCCUCAGGGCUGGCUUUGGCCUGAGGAAGCAGCUCAAGAUGAACAUGGUGAAGAGGAUCAUGGGCCGUCCGCGGCAGGAGGAGUGCAGUCCGCAGGACAACGCGCUCGGCCUCAUGCACCUGCGCCGCCUCUUCUCCGAGCUCUGCCACCCGCCGCGUCACAUGACCCAGAAGGAGCAGGAGGAGAAGCUCUACAUGAUGCUGCCCGUCUUCAACAGGGUGUUUGGGAACGCUCCCCCGAGCUCCAUGAACGAGAAGUUCUCCGACCUGCUCCAGUUCACCACGCAGGUGUCCCGCCUCAUGGUGACCGAGAUCCGGCGCCGGGCAUCCAACAAGUCCACAGAGGCUGCCAGCCGUGCCAUAGUGCAGUUUCUGGAGGUGAAUCAGAGUGAGGAGACGAGCCGUGGCUGGAUGCUCCUGACCACCAUCAACCUGCUGGCCUCAUCCGGACAGAAAACGGUGGACUGCAUGACCACCAUGUCGGUGCCCUCCACGUUGGUAAAGUGUCUGUACCUGUUCUUCGACCUGCCGCACACGCCCGAGGUGCCGGCCGCCACACAGACAGAACUGCCGCUGGCUGAGCGCCGCGCCCUCCUACAGAAGGUCUUCGUACAGAUCCUGGUGAAGUUGUGUAACUACGUGUCCCCGGCGGAGGAGCUGGCCCAGAAGGACGACCUGCAGCUGCUCUUCAGUGCCAUCACGUCCUGGUGCCCGCCACACAACCUGCCCUGGAGGGCCAGCGCCGGCGAGGUGCUCACCACCAUCUCCAGACACGGCCUCAGCGUCAACGUGGUCAAAUAUAUACACGAGAAAGAGUGUCUCUCCACGUGCAUUCAGAACAUGCAGCAGUCAGACGACCUGUCGCCGCUGGAGAUCGUGGAGAUGUUCGCCGGGCUCUCGUGCUUCCUGAAGGACUCCAGCGACGUGUCCCAGACACUCCUGGACGACUUCCGCAUGUGCCAGGGCUACAACUUCCUGUGUGACCUCAUGCUCAGGCUGGAGCAGGCCAAAGAGGACGAGUCCAAAGAUGCGCUGAAGGACCUGGUGAAUCUGGUGACCUCGCUGACCACAUAUGGCGUGACGGAGCUGAAACCGGCCGGCCUCACCACCGGCGCCCCCUUCCUGCUGCCUGGCUUCGUGGUCCCGCAGCCCUCGGGGAAAGGCCAAACGGUGCGUAACAUCCAAGCCUUCUGCGUGCUCCAGAACGCCUUCCUGAAGGCGCGUACGGGCCGGCUGGCUCGCGUCCUCCUGGAGGCCAUCGGCAACGUCUACGGGUCCGACCGCGCCAACUACUUCAUCCUGGAGGCCCAGCACACGCUCUCGCAGCUGGCCGACAAGGUGGCGCGCAUGCCCGACGCGCACGCCAAGUACUUUGAGCUGCUGGAGUUUGUGGUGUUCGGCCUGAACUACGUGCCGUGCAAGGAGCUGUUCAGCGUGAGCGUCCUGCUGAAGGCCAGCGGUGCCGGGCCGUGUGCCCUGAUUGCCACUCGCUCGCUGCUCAAGCUGGCGCGCCACCACCCGGUCUUCAGCGACGUCUUCCGCGAGGUGGGCCUGCUGGAGGUGCUGGUCAACCUGCUGCACAAGUACGCGGCGCUGAUGAAGGACCCGGCCGCCCAGCACCACCUCCAGCAGCAGAACCACAACAGCCAGCCUAACAACAGCCUGCCGCCGCCCAACGAGCAGGGUGACUGUAAGAACAACGUGUCUGAAGACCAGAAGCAGUUGGCUUGGCUGGUGAUGGAGACACUCACAGUCCUACUGCAGAACUCCAAUACUAACGCAGGGCUGUUCCGUGAGUUUGGCGGGGCGCGCUGCGUGCACAACAUCGUGAAGUACCGACAAUGCCGCGAGCAGGCGCUCAUGAUCAUCCAGCAGCUGGUGCUGUCGCCCAGCGGAGACGACGACAUGGGCACUCUGCUGGGGCUCAUGCACUCGGCGCCCGCCACCGAGCUGCAGCUCAAAACAGACAUAUUGAGGGCCCUGCUGGCCGUCCUGCGGGAGAGCCACCGCACGCGCACCGUCUUCCGCAAGGUGGGCGGCUUCGUGUACGUCACCUCGCUGCUGGUGGCCAUGGAGCGCUCGUUGUGCUCGCCGCCGCAGAGCGGCUGGGAGCGCGCCAACCAGAACCAGGUGUUCGAGCUGCUGCACGCUGUCUUCUGCACACUGACCGCCGCCAUGCGCUACGAGCCGGCCAACUCGCACUACUUCCGCACCGAGAUCCAGUACGAGAAGCUGGCCGACGCCGUGCGCCUGCUCGGCUGCUUCUCCGACGCCAAGAAGGUGGGUCCGGUGACGGCGCGGCCUUCCAACGCCCAGCCGUUCCAACGGAUGCUGGAGGAGGAGCAGCAGGCUAGCGGGGCGGGCGGUCAGCAGCUGCUCCCUGCGCAGACGCAGGCAGACGGCGUGAGCCCCACGCUCAGGCACUGCGGCAAGCUCUUUAUCUACCUGUACAAGAUGGCCACCGACUCCUUCGACAGUCGUGCGGAGCAGGUGCCCCCCUGCCUGACACACGAGACCUCCCUGCCCUCCCCCUGGGGCACACCAGCGCUCACCAGGAAGAGACAAGGCUACCAUGGCUCCUCCUCCAACAGCGCCCCGGCUAAAGUGGCGGUCGACCUGAAACUCCACCUGGGCAACUCCUCCUCCCUGCACUCGGCCGACCCCGUGGUCAUCCACCCCGGCGCCGCCCUCGCCAUGCUGGACCUGCUGGCCUCCGUCAGCUCCGACACGCAGCCCGAGCAUGCUCUGGACCUGCAGCUGGCGGUGGCCAACCUGCUGCAGCUGCUGGUGCACUCGGAGCGGAACCAGCAGGUGCUGUGUGAGGCGGGCCUGCACUCCCGCCUGCUGCAGCGCUGCAGCUGCGCCCUGGCCGACGAGGACCACCCGCUGCACCCGCCCCUGCAGAGGAUGUUCGAGCGCCUCGCCUCGCAGGCCCUGCAGCCCAUGGUGCUCAGGGAGUUUCUGCGGCUGGGCAACCCUCUAAACUGCGGCGCCUGGGACAAGAAGCUGCUCAAGCAGUACCGCGUGCACAAGCCCAGCUCACUCAGCUACGAGGCCGAGAUGAGAAGUAGCAUGACCAUGUCGAUGGAGGGCUUCGGGCCAGACAGCGUGUUUGCAGUGACGACCGAGGACAACAGCCAAUACCGCAUCAGCCGUAGCCUGGUUCGCUCGUCCGAGGACAGCACGGUGCCCCUGACGCGCGUCAAGUGCCUGGUCUCCAUGACGACGCCACACGACAUCCGGCUGCAUGGCUCUGCGGUCACGCCCGCCUUUGUGGAGUUUGACACCUCCUUGGAGGGCUUCGGCUGUCUGUUCCUGCCAAGCUUGGCCCCACAUAACGCCCCCUCCAACAACGCCAACACAUCUGGAGUCAGUGAUGGAGCCGUGCUCAGUGGCAUGGGAACGGGUGAACGUCUGUUCCCCCCUCCGUCUGGCCUGAGCUACUCGUGCUGGUUCUGUAUCGAGCGCUUCAGCACACCGCCGCAGAACCACCCGGUGCGCCUGCUGACCAUGGUGCGGCGGGCCAGCUCAUCCGAGCAGCACUACGUGUGCCUGGCCGUGGUGUUGUCCGCCAAGGACCGAUCGCUCAUGGUCUCCACCAAAGAGGAGCUGCUGCAGAACUACGUGGAUGACUUCAGCGAGGAGUCGUCCUUCUACGAGAUCCUGCCGUGCUGCGCACGGUUCCGCUGUGGCGAUCUGAUCAGCGAGGGCCAGUGGCACCACCUGGUGCUGGUCAUGAGCAGGGGCAUGCUCAAGAACAGCAUGGCCACGCUCUACAUCGACGGGCAGAUGGUCAGCACCGUUAAGCUCCACUACGUGCACAGUGCGCCGGGCGGCUCGGGGUCGACCAAUCCGCCGGUGGUGAGCGCGGUGUACAGCUACGUGGGCACGCCCCCGGCGCAGCGGCAGGUCUCCACGCUGGUGUGGCGACUGGGCCCUACACACUUCCUGGAGGAUGUGCUGCCCGCCGCCAGCGUGGCCGCCAUCUACGAACUGGGGCCCAACUACGCCGGAACCUUCCAGGCUGUCUACCUGCCCUGUAAAGACUCCAAGGUGGAGGCGUCCCCACCCUGUCCAGUGGCUCUGGUGCCCGAGGAGAAGGUGUCGUUUAGCCUGUACGCCUUUUCUGUGCUGGCUCUCACCGUGGCCAAGAUCAGGAAGGUCUACAACAAGCUGGACAGCAAGGCCAUCGCCAAGCAGCUAGCGGUAUCCUCUCACGAGAAUGCCACACCGGUGAAACUCAUCAACAACUCAGCGGGCCACCUCAAUGGCCCCGCCCGCAGCAUAGGAGCCGCUGUGAUUGGCUACCUGGGAGUGCGUGCGUUUGAGCCUAAGCCCGUUGCCACCAACCUGCAGUACAUCGGCGGUGCGGCGGCCAUCUUGGGACUCGUCGCCAUGGCAUCAGACGUGGAAGGGCUAUACGCCGCAGUCAAGGCGCUGGUGUGCGUUGUCAAGAGCAACCCCUUGGCCAGUAAAGAGAUGGAGCGCAUCAAAGGCUACCAGUUGCUGGCCAUGCUGCUGAAGAAGAAGCGCUCUCUGCUGAACAGCCACAUCCUCCACUUGACCUUCUCCUUGGUGGGCACGGUGGACAGCGGUCACGAGACCUCCAUCAUCCCCAACUCCACCGCCUUCCAGGACCUGCUGUGCGACUUCGAGGUGUGGCUGCACGCUCCGUACGAGCUCCACCUGUCUCUGUUUGAGCAUUUCAUCGAGCUGCUGACUGAGUCCAGUGAGGCAGCGAAGAAUGCAAAGCUGCUGCGUGAGUUCCAGCUGAUCCCCAAGCUGCUGCUGACGCUGCGGGACACGUCGCUGUCCCAGCCCACAAUCACCGCCAUCAGCAGCGUGCUCAGCCUGCUGCUACAGGGCUUUCCAAACUCCUAUGACCUGCUCAGAUUCGGACAGUUCAUCUCGUCCACCCUGCCCACAUUCGCCGUGUGUGAGAAGUUUGUCGUCAUGGAAAUCAGUGAGGAGAAAGUAGAUGGAGGGAACGAGGAUGACUUUGGUGGUCUGCUGUCGGCCAACGUGAUUCUGCUGAGGAACCGGCUGCUGGAUAUCCUGCUCAAGCUGCUCUUCACGUCCAAGGAGAAAUGCACCGUCAACGCGCAGGCGUGUGAGGAGCUGGUGCGGACGCUGGGCUUCGACUGGCUGCUCAUGUUCAUGGAGGAGCACCUGCACUCCAGCUCGGUGACGGCCGCCCUCUGGAUCCUGGUGGUGCUGCUUAGCAACCAGCCCAUCCUGAGCCGCUUCAAGGAGGGCCUGUCCGGAGGAGGCUGGCUGGACCACACCGACUCUGUGCUGACCAACAAGAUUGGGACUGUCCUGGGUUUUAAUGUGGGCCGCAGUGCGGGCGGCCGCUCCACGCUGCGUGAGAUCAACCGUGACGCUUGCCACUUCCCCUGCUUCCCAGUCAUGCAGGCGCUGCUGCCCAAGCACACCAACGUGCCCGAGCUCUACUUCCUGCUCAUGGCCCUCUUCCUGCAGCAGCCCGUCAGCGAGCUGCCCGAGAGCCUGCAGGUACAUUUUGACCUGGACUCCAUCUGGUCGUUCAUCUUCGGCGUGCCGGCGUCCAGUGCCACGGUGGUCAACUCCAUCCACAGCGUGUGCACCGAGGCAGCCUUCCUUCUGCUGGCCAUGCUGCGCAGCAUGCUUAACCUGCCGUGGCAGUCUGAAGAGGAGGGCUCGUGGUUAAGGGAGUAUCCCGUCACCCUCAUGCAGUUCUUCCGCUACCUGUACCACAACGUGCCCGACCUGAGCCCCAUGUGGCACAGCCCGGAGUUCCUGUGUGCCCUCGCCGCCACCGUCUUCCCCUUCAACAUCCGGCCCUACUCUGAGAUGGUCACUGACCUUGAUGAUGAGGCAGGUUCUCCCACUGAAGAGUUCAAGGCCUUCGCGGCCGACUCCGGCAUGAACCGCAGCCAGUCGGAGUAUUGCAACGUAGGCGCCAAGACCUACCUGACCAAUCACCCGGCCAAGAAGUAUGUGUUUGACUUCAUGCGUGUGCUCAUCAUGGACAACCUUUGCCUGAGCCCAGCCAGCAAGCAGACUCCCAUCAUCGACCUGCUGCUGGAGGCCUCUCCAGAGCGCUCCACCAGGGCUCAGCAGAAGGAGUUCCAGUCCUACAUCCUGGACAGCGUCAUGGAGCACCUCCUGGCUGCUGACGUGCUUCUGGGAGAGGAUGCCUCGAUGCCCAUCACCACCGGGGGCAACUACCAGACACUGGUCAACAACGUCUUCUACUUCACCCAGCGUGUGGUGGACAAGCUCUGGCAGGGCAUGUUCAGCAAGGAGUCCAAGCUGGUGGUGGAGUUCAUUGUGCAGCUCAUCAGCCAGUCCAAGCGGCGCUCGCAGGGCUUAUCCCUGGACUCCAUCUACCACUGCCUGAACCGCACGGUGCUGUACCAGCUGUCGCGUCCGCACAAGACCGUGCCGCAGCAGGUGGCCCUGCUGGACUCUCUCCGCGUGCUCACCGUCAACCGCAACCUGGUGCUGGGGCCCGGGAACCAUGACCAGGAGUUUGUGGCCUGCCUGGCACACUGCUUCAUGAACCUGCACACCGGGAGCAGCGUCGAGGGAUUCGGUCUUGAAGCCGAAGCGAGGAUGACCACCUGGCAUGUCAUGGUUCCGUCGGAAAACGAGCCCGACCCUGUCCACAGCCAGGAUCCCAGCGAAGGCCGUCAGUUGCUGCUGAAGGCGGUGAACCGCGUGUGGACAGAGCUGAUGCACAGCAAGAGGCCGAUGCUGGAGGAGAUCUUCAAGGUCUCUCUGCCCACCAACGACCGCGGACACGUGGACAUCGUCACCGCACGGCCCGCCCUGGAGGAACCCGCUGCCAAGAGCUGGCAGAACCACCUCAUUCAUGAGAAGAAGUGCAUCAGUCGAGGGGAGGCGUUGGCUCCAGCGACCCAGUCAAAGCUGUCUCGUGUCAGCAGUGGCUUUGGCCUGUCCAAGCUGACCGGAGCCCGCCGCAACAAGAAGGAGAACAGCCUCAAUAAGAACAACCUCUCUGCACAGGAAACCUGCCAAUGGAUGUUCACUCACAUUGCUGUGGUGCGAGACCUCGUCGCAAUGCAGUACAAAGAGUACCAGGAGAGGCAACAGAACGCUCUGAAGUACGUGACUGACGAGUGGGCCGGCAUUGAGUACGAGUUGUUACGGGAACGUGGCCUUUGGGGGCCCCCCAUUGGCUCGAUCCUGGACAAGUUCCAGCUGGACAUGACGGAGGGCCCGUGCCGCAUGAGGAAGAAGAUGGUGCGCAACGACCUCUUCUACAUCCAUUACCCCUACGUACCCGAACAGGAGCCCACGUCCAGCAACCACCAGGCCCUGUGUCCCGUGCCCUUAAUGGGAGCUGGCUUCUCCGCCCCUCUCCAGAAGCCGGUGCGGUACCGACGGGCCAUCAGCUACGACAGCAAGGAGUACUACAUGCGCCUGCUGUCGGGCAACCCGGGCAUGUACCAGCACUCUGUGGAGCACAGCACCGAGGGAGAGACCACACUGCACGAGCCCGAGCACGGAGAGGACACCAUCGCCAGGGUCAAAGGUCUGGUGAAGGCUCCACUGAAGCGCUCGCGCUCCACGGCGGACGGCCAGGACGAGGAGAGUCAGGAGGGCCUGCAGGAGCAGCUGCUGGAGUCAGGAGCAGAGGAGGAGCAGAAGACCGACAACACCACACUACUGCGCCUCCUGGAGGAGGGAGAGAAGAUCCAGCACAUGUACCGAUGUGCGCGCGUCCAAGGCCUGGACACCAGCGAAGGCCUGCUGCUCUUUGGCAAGGAGCACUUCUACGUCAUCGACGGCUUCACAAUGACCGUCACCCGCGAGAUCCGCGACAUUGAGACGCUCCCGCCCAACUUGCAUGAGCCAAUCAUUCCCAGAGGAGCACGUCAGAGCCAAAGUAUGCUAAAGAGGACCUGCAGCAUUUUCGCCUACGAGGACAUCAAGGAGGUGCACAAGCGCCGCUACCUGCUGCAGCCAAUGGCAGUCGAGGUGUUCUCCGGUGACGGACGAAAUUACCUGCUGGCGUUCCAGAAAGGAGUACGCAAUAAAGUCUACCAGAGGUUCUUGGCAGUCGUGCCCUCCCUCGCUGACAGCUCUGAAUCUGUGUCCGGUCAGAGGCCCAACACCAGCGUGGAGCAGGGCUCGGGACUCCUCAGUACCCUGGUGGGAGAGAGAUCCGUCACCCAGAGAUGGGAGCGAGGAGAGAUCAGUAAUUUCCAGUACCUGAUGCAUCUCAACACUCUGGCUGGACGCUCCUACAAUGACCUGAUGCAGUACCCAGUCUUCCCCUGGAUCCUGGCUGAAUAUGAUGCUGAGGAGCUGGACCUGACCAACCCAAAGACAUUCCGCAAUCUAUCCAAGCCCAUGGGCGCCCAGACAGACGACCGGCUCAUCCAGUACAAGAAGAGGUUCAAGGACUGGGAAGAUCCCAAUGGUGAGACUCCUGCCUAUCACUAUGGCACUCACUAUUCCUCAGCCAUGAUCGUGGCGUCCUACCUGGUGAGGAUGGAACCCUUCACCCAGAUCUUCCUGCGCUUACAGGGAGGUCAUUUUGAUCUGGCUGACCGGAUGUUCCACAGCGUGAGGGAAGCCUGGCUGUCUGCCUCCAAACACAACAUGGCCGACGUCAAAGAGCUCAUCCCUGAGUUCUUCUACCUCCCAGAGUUUAUGCUCAACUCCAAUAACUUUGACCUAGGCAGCAAACAGAAUGGCACUAGGCUGGGAGACGUGAUUCUGCCUGCCUGGGCUAAAGGAGACCCGCGCGAGUUCAUCCGCGUGCACAGACAGGCCCUGGAGUGUGACUAUGUGAGUGCCCACCUGCAUGAGUGGAUUGACCUGAUCUUCGGCUACAAGCAGCAGGGGCCUCCGGCCGUGGAGGCGGUGAACGUGUUCCACCACCUCUUCUACGAGGGCCAGGUGGACAUCUACAACAUCAACGACCCGCUUAAGGAGACCGCCACCAUCGGCUUCAUCAACAACUUUGGUCAGAUCCCCAAACAGCUUUUUAAGAAGCCCCACCCUCCCAAGCGAGUGCGUGGCCGUGCCAAUGGUGAACCAGCAAGUGUGCCAGCUUCUCUCAGUGCCAACACUGACAAGAUCUUCUUCCAUCACCUAGACAACCUGCGGCCCUCCCUGGCCCCAGUCAAAGAGCUGAAGGACCCUGUGGGGCAAAUUGUGUGCACUGAUAAGGGCAUCCUGGCGGUGGAGCAGAAUAAGGUCCUGGCCCCGCCCGUCUGGAACAAGACGUUCGCCUGGGGCUACGCAGACCUCAGCUGUCGCCUGGCCAACUACGAGUCCGACAAGGCGGUGAUUGUGUAUGAGUGUUUGUCGGAGUGGGGCAAGAUCCUGUGUGCCAUCUGCCCCGACCCCAAGCUGGUCAUCACCGGAGGGACCAGCACGGCCAUCUGUGUGUGGGAGACCGGCACAUCCAAAGAGAGAGCCAAGACCCUGGCCCUCAAACAGGCUCUGUUGGGCCACACCGACGCGGUGACCUGCCUGACGGCGUCCUCGGCGUACCACAUUGUGGUCAGCGGCUCUCGGGAUCGCACCUGCAUCAUCUGGGACCUCAACAAGCUGGCCUUCAUCACCCAACUCAGAGGCCACCGCGCGCCCGUGUCUGCCCUCUGCAUCAACGAGCUCACUGGUGAUAUUGUGUCAUGUGCGGGCACCUACAUCCACGUGUGGAGCAUUAAUGGCAGCCCCAUCGCCAGCACCAACACCUUCACCGGACGCAGCCAGCAGAUCCUGUGCUGCUGCGUCUCCGAGAUGAACGAGUGGGACACACAGAACGUCAUCGUCACCGGACACUCCGACGGCGUUGUCAGGUUUUGGAGGAUGGAGUUCCUACAAGUCCCAGAAACCCCUGCUCCAGAGCCUGUGGAGCCUCCCGAAGUGAACGACUGCUGUGGAGAGGAGAAGAUGGCCACAGAGGGCCGUGAGACCCAGGUGGAGGAGAGCAGCGAGUCCGAGGGCGAGGAACAGAGCGUCAGCGCUGCCGGCAGCAACGGCGAGCCCAAGCCCAGUCCCGCCCACAACAACCACGCCGCUCCCGCCCCUGCCCCCAACACCCGGCCCCAACGGCCCGCACCCCGGGCCACGGCCUCCUGGUCAAUGGACAGCAGCUCGGAGGACUCGCGCCGCUGGUCCGACACGCUCAGCAUCGACGAGAAGGACGGCUUUGUCUUCGUCAACUACUCCGAGGGCCAGGGGCAGGGGCAAGGCAGGCCAGGGCAGCCCCCACACCCCCCACACCCCAACCCCCAUCCCCACCCCCACCACCACCCCGGUCAGAGCGCCGUGCCACAGCCCCUGCAGCCCAGCACCAUGGAGGCCCGGCCCUACAACAAGCUCAGGCCAGGCUACAGAUGGGAGCGACAGCUGGUGUUCCGGAGCAAGCUCACUAUGCACACCGCCUUCGACCGCAAGGACAAUGCCCACCCGGCGGAGAUCACUGCGCUCGCCAUCUCAAAGGACCACAGCAAGAUCCUGGUGGGUGACGGGCGCGGGCGCGUCUUCAGCUGGUCGGUGAGCGAGCAGCCAGGCCGCUCGGCCGCCGACCACUGGGUGAAGGACGAGCAGGUGGACAGCUGCUCCGGCUGCACCGUCCGCUUCUCCCUCACCGAGAGACGCCACCACUGCAGAAACUGCGGACAGCUCUUCUGCCAGAAGUGCAGCCGCUUCCAGUCAGAGAUCAAGCGGCUGAAGAUCUCGUCCCCGGUGCGUGUGUGCCAGAACUGUUACUACAACCUGCAACACGAGCGCAACUCCGAGGACGGCUGCAAGAACUAGACGUCCCCUCGGCUGCCUCCUCUUCCAUGUCUCCCCGCCUCUUCCUCAUCCUUUCUCUCGUCACGCCCCAUCACCCGUCACUCAUGGCCAACUAUCCCCUCGUCCAGGACCUGCCAGCCAGCACGCUCUGGCCUGCCCCCCCCUUAUCUGUGUGUGUGUGUGUGUGUGAGCGACCAUGUGGACAGUACCAAUGUAGAACAAGAGGGGAUUAGUGACAUUCAGCGUGUCAUGUAUAUGAGGAAGUUUAAGAAAGGCAGUGAUUGGGCUUUGUGGGCUUUUUUUUUUUUUGUAUUAUUAUCUGAUUCUGUUGCGGUCAACGAGUUGUCCUUUAAGAAUCCUUGUUUUUCCAUGUGGUCACGUUUUAGAUUUUAGAUGUCCUGUGCGGUAUGCCUCGCAAAGUGAGAAACACCUGUUAAUAGUGUAAAUAAUUACAAUGGCCUUUUUAACUAGAACAGGAAAAACUGAGAAAAAAAUGAAUUAUUGAAAGGAAAUAAAAACACAGUCAUUGCCUGUAACAUUGCAUUAUAACAAGCCACUCCUGGUGUUAAAACAAAUACAAAAAGAAAAAAAAAAACACAAAACAAAAAAAGAUUGUGUUUUAGCCAGUGUCACUAGUCACAGAGGUCCCAGUGGGGAUAAUAUUGGGGACGAUGAAUGUUAUAAAUGUUUGUGGGUUGACAUUACUAGCGUGUCUAGUUAUGCAAAUACUUACUACUUUUGUUUACAAAGUUUUUUGUUUGUUUCGAUGUGUUGCCCACAGUAUCACACAGUUGCCAUUCCAAUGGAAAUCGCAGUCACAAGUUUCCGAACUUCAUUUGCCAAACUGCUGGUUCAUCACUCCGUGUCAUGUAUUUGAAAGGUCUAUUUGUAGAACCAUGUUUUUCAGAACCACAUUUUGUUGUCCUUGUGCGCCACUUUUAGUUCCCAAGCCAUUAAUCAACAGUGACUGAAUAAUAUAUGUAUGUAUGUAUGUUCUGUAUGUAUGUAUUUUUUAAGAAUCAUUGUUUGUAUGUUGUAUAUCAUAGCAUACCUGAUAUUGUCAAGACGCUACAUGUGUGACACUGUGCAGUGAGAUGAAUAUCAUGUGUCUGUAACAAUACACAAAGAGGGAAAAGGAUCGGUGAUCAUGUGUAUGUAGAGUAUGAGAUGUGAUUUUGUUUGUUUGUUUUUUCUUGGGUCCUCUAAAUGUUUCAUUAUAUUUCACCAGACAACUGGGUAGUAUAGGUCAGAGCUUUGCUUCUAGGCUAACAAGGGAUUUUUACAUGGAAGAUUGUUUUUGUUAAUUUCUCCUCUAAUUAAUUUAGAACUGGAUUUUUUUAAUCACAGUCAACAUUGCUCAGUGUUAUACUUUCUUCCCCCAUUUCCCUUUCUGUUCAGUGAUGCCAGGGACUAGUGGGUCCUUGUCAGAGACCAAGUCCAGUGCAACAACAAGUCAUUGAACCCUAGUGUAGAUACUGCUGUCCAGUCAUAUAAGCAAUAGAUUAUGUGGAAUUAUUUCUGAAAAUAUUGCAUGAUGGGAAAUUUCCUUGCUUAGAAGUCACACUUGUAGCAUGUAACUUGACUGAUAUGUCAUGCCAUUAGAAAAGGGAUCUCACGCAUUUCACUUUAGUGUCUCGUCAUGGUUACAUACGAGACAUAACGUUGUCAAUUAAAUCUAUUUUUUCCUGUUGCCUGCCUGUCGAUAUGUCAAAUUCUCCUCCCUCCCUCAAUAGAGUGUCCUUUGUUGGUGGUACUGUGGGCAAUACCAAACAGAAGUGCUGCUUUAAUAACUAGAAAGAUUCUUUCUUUCUUUUUUUCCCUUUUUCUUUAUGUCCCUCUUGACACGUCUGACACACACAUCACUUUAAUGAGCUGUUACACAAGUGCAGUAGGUUCACUGUCAAUACACAGAAAACGUUCUCCCUAAGAUCUGCCAUAUGAUAUGCACUCACUGUUAUUAUCAUCAUUGCUAUGAUCGUUAUUAUUCAAAUAGGUAAUGACGAUAUCCUUACACAUUAAUGUACUGUAUCUAGAGUGCAAUCAUAACAUCGAGCUGUUAAGGCUUGCUGUUUGCAAGCAGCUUCAAAGCCAGGUGGCUAUAUCAAUCUGAACUGUUUUUGCACCUUCACGUGUACAAAAAUGUCAAGGAAAUCAUAUUUUAUUGAAUGCAUUUCUUUUUUUUAUGUUAGCGGGCUAUCAUUUUAAAGGGUGCGUUUCUUUCCAGUGAGAGACAAACUGUACAGAGUAUUUAUGCAAUUAUACUUUUUCUCUUUUUUUAAAUUGUUAUUCUGAAUUAUGAAUUCUUGUAAUUUCAGCAAGUUUGGUUACUUGUUGCAUGUCUAACACAGCUGACUUUAUGUGUCAGUGCAUUGUACAUGUUUGGCAUUACGAAUUAUGAUUUCAUGUUUUUAGUUUUCUCCUUUUGUUUUCCUGUGGCUCAUGUUACUGGCAUUAUCUAAGUAGUUCUGCACCCAGAGAGAGAUGUGUAUGUGCAACUGCAUAAAGAACCGAGAUGGAAGAGCCUUGUCUCUCAGCUGACUUUUGUACUCCGCUUGGGGACUUACAAGACCGGAUCAAAUCCACAUAGGGGGUUCUUUUUUCAUUUUCGGUGGUCUCGUGUUAGACUGCAUUACUACGGUGUCUAGUGUGCAAUCUGUGGUAGAUGAAUGUUCAUUGUAUAUUUGUGUUUAAGUACAGCUGCAAGAAAAUUCUUAGAAAUAACCCCUAAAACAUGUUACUGAUAAUGCAAUAGAUCUGGUACUCAUUUUUUGAUUUUCUUUUUUUUAAUUUAAUUUUUGAUUAAAUCCUUGCUGUUUUCCACCGAAA